AUGUUGGGAACAAGAGAGAGUGGGUCAGUCAGGAUGGAAGGAGGUCGUCUGCUGCUGCUGCUGCUGCUGCUGCUGCUGCUGCUGCUGCCGCUGCCGCUCUGCAGGGGGCAUGAGGACUAUCAGGGCAAAGUCAUGACAUACUACACCCUGGAGAACUUUCCGAACGGAUCUGUCAAAAUGGCGUUUCGCUACAAAUCCAACUGGAUGACCUGCCUCCCUCACAAACACAUGUGUCCCUCUAACGGCUGCUUGGACGCAGAAUACUCCCAAAGUGUGGUGGAUGAAUCCUCCGGUGGGUUUUGUCAGUUGGAGUCGAUCUGGACUCGGACGUCUUCCUCCACUGCUCAAUUCGUGCUGCAGAACCGCAACGACCAGUGGGCGACGCCCAUCACGAAUGAUGUCAUCACUGCUGGAGCCUCCAUUCACAUCGACCAGAGGACUCGCUCCGACACGGGACACGCCAACAGGUGUCCACAGACCACCAUCCUGCCGGUCUUCAGGUACCACAGGAACACAGCCCUACCAGGAGUAGCAGUAUAG